AUGUAUUAUCCUUAGCCCUAUUAUCCUUAAGCAUAUCCAUAAUAUAGGUAUUAACCCUAUGGUGUACGUCCAUAAGUACCAUAGUAAUGGAGACCACCUGUUUAUAAUGCUCCCCAAUAUCCAUACCCUGGAUUAAGAAUACCCCCGCCAACAUAUCCAUACAAUCCUUACAAUCCAUACACUUCAUCAAUCGUACCACCCACAUACCAACCACAACCAAUGUUAAGCUAAAUCAUGGCUUCGCCUUAACGAUAAUUCUAAUCCCCAGAUCGUUUGAAAGGAGCCUAGUCACCCAAUAGGAACAUGUUGAUGUAAUCUCAACAAGUCCCAAAAUCGCCAGCUCCUUAGUUGCAAUCCCCGAAUAGAUAAUAUCUGACAUAUGAAUAAGUGCAAGAACGCAUACGCAAGUAGUAACCUUAAUCGCCCCAAUAUCAUAAAUAAUAUACACCAUAACCCAAGCCUAGUUAAUAAAAACAACAACCAGAGGCAUCUAAAUAAAAAUAAUAGCCGACCUAACCACCCAAGAAGGAAGACGAUUUGGAUAAGAGAUACUAAAAUGCUCUCAAAAGCACAGAAGAAAUCAUCAAAAAGUACAACAUCGAUGAUUCUGGCAGCAAAGGUCGUUAAACUAAUCAAGAAAAUCAAGAAGCAGAAGCAGAGGAUGGCGAAAUUUAAGAGUUGGCAUUGUAAUAUGAGGACGGAUUCAUUUAUAGAGGAUAAGGUUAUCCUCCAUAGACUAGAAGUGGAUUUGGUAUCUUAACAGAUUCAGAUGGACAAUAAAUAUAUGCUGGAUAUUGGAAGGACAACUUAUAUGAUGGAUAAGGAAGAUUGACAAAUCUUCAAACUGAAGAAUUGACAGAACCAAUUGAUUGGAAUAAUAUGACAACUAUUGGCAAUGGAUGGGCAUCUUAUGAAGGAAACUUUUACCAAGGGAAAAUGCAUGGAUAAGGAACACUAAUCUUAACAAAUAAUGAAUAAUAUUUUGGAGAAUUUGAAGAUGGGAUGGUACAUGGUGAUGGAGAAUUCACAAAUCUUGAUGGAUAAGUCAUUAAAGGUAAAUGGGAUUAGGGAUAUUUAAUUUAAUUAUCAGAAUAAGAAUGAAAUCAUAAAAAUAUAUUUUACAAAUAUUUAAUUCAUUUUAUCAGAACUA